AUGAGCUUUGACGAAGAGCAACUUGACGAUCUUUAUACGGCCUUUCCUGACCUCCAAACCAAUGGUGCCAUCUCAUCGGAUGAUAUUAGACCUGCGUUGGAAAAACUUGGUUGCCCUAUCGCUGGUCACGAGCUCAGGGAAAUUCAAGGUGGACGGGCACGAGGAGGUGCUCUUUGCGAUAUUAAUGAGCUGUAUGAAAUAUACACAAAAGCUAAAUUUUUAAAAAUUGACUCAAAAAAAAUCCUCAAGGACGCUAUUCUCAAGGGGAUACAAGAGGCAAAGACAUACGAUACGGAAGUGGGUGGAAAGCAUACCGUGACGAAGUCAGAGGAGAAGGCCUUUACAAAUUGGAUAAACAAGCAUCUCCAGGGUGAUCCCGACUGCGAGGCUCUGGGUUUGAUUCCCAUCAACUCAGAUGUAGAUGGACAACUAUAUGAACGCUGCAAGAAUGGCAUCAUCCUCGCAAAAAUGAUCAAUGUCGCGGUGCCCAACACCAUUGAUGACAGGACCCUCGAGAAAGGCGAAUCCCUCAAGGCCAUCUUCAAGAGAAAUGAAAAUUUGACAUUGGUGGUGAAUUCCGCAGCAGCUAUCGGUUGCUGUAUGGUCAACAUCGGUCCCGAGGAUAUUUCAGGCGCUCGAAGGCAUCUAGUAUGCGGACUCAUCUGGCAACUAAUUCGUAAGGCCAUCGUGGAUACCAUCACCUUGGCACAGCAUAGUGAAUUGGCCGCCCUCCUCUCACCAGGAGAAACCUUAGAACAGUUGGCAGCUCUCAAGCCCGAGGAGUUGCUUAUGCGAUGGGUGAACUUCCAUCUUGCCAAUGCUAACAGUGUUCGACGUCUCUCAAAUUUCACCACUGAUCUCUGCGACUCUGAGAUAUACGCCAUUCUGAUGGAGCAGAUCACUCCAAUGGAUCUGCGUUCGCGGCUAAUUAGCUCGAAGGUCAUUCUAGAUGAGCCCUCCCUCGAGAAGCGUGCUUACAUGGUAAUGGAGAAUGCGAAAUUGUUGGACGCAGGCACACUGCUCAUUCCAGAGGACAUUUAUACAGCCAAACCCGGGAGUCAUAGCGAUAAGCUGAAUCUCGGCUUCAUUGCAACCCUUUUUAACAUGUAUCCGGGUAUGGAGACUCCAGGAGACCUCAAUAUCCAGCCUGAGACAUUAGAAGAAAAGACCUACCGCAACUGGAUGAACUCGAUGGGUGUGUCGCCAAUAGUUAGCAACCUAUACAACAACCUUAACGACGGACUUGUGCUGCUUCAGUUGGUCGAUAUCAUAAGGCCGGGGACAGUGGAUUGGAAAAAAGUGACAACAAAUUUUGACCCAAAAAGGGAGCUCUUCGAAAAACAAACAAAUUGCGUUCUUGUGAUUCAAUACGCCAAGGUGAUUGGCAUUAAAGUGGUCAACAUCAGUGGUGAGGACAUUCGCGAAGGAGCGACCAAACAAAUCCUCGGCCUCUGCUUCCAAUUUAUGCGGGCUUACACUCAUAAGCUGCUUAAACAGGCGAGUGGAGAAGGCAGCGAUGCGCCAAUAGAAGACGCGGAGAUUCUAACCUGGGUCAACGAUCGACUUAAGGAAGUAGGUGAGCCGUCUAUAAAUGGUUUCCGUGAUCACGCGCUAUCCAACUCACGACCAAUUGUGGCGGUGCUGGAGAGUAUCUCACAAAAGGGAGCGUCGCGCAAUAUGCUUACUGACGACAAUUUCGCCAAUGCAGUCUACGCCCUUUCCUCCUGUCGCAAGGCUGGAGCUCGUGUCUACGCCCUACCGGAACACAUCUGCACCUGCAAUCCCAAGAUGAUUAUCACAAUUUUCGCUUGUCUCAUCGUCCUAUCGUACAGCCUCAAAGUAGUUCCCAACCAGUGA